AAAGGAGAGUUGUCUGUGCCACUGCGUCAGGUUACAAACCUGGCCCCUUUUGCCCAGGUGGUCAUUUAUACUGUGAUGCCCAAAGGGGAGCUUGUGGCCGAUAGCAUGGACUUUCCAAUCAGGCUCUGCCUCAAUAACAAGGUGUCUCUGAGGUUCUCCUCUCUCCAGGAGCUUCCAGCAGAGAAGACCACGCUCACCCUGCAGGCUCACCCAGGCUCCAUGUGCUCCGUCAGAGCCAUCGACCAGAGCGUCCUGCUGCUGCAGAAAGAGCAGGAACUCACUGUUGACUCGGUGUACAGCCAGUUGCCUGUGCAAAAGCUCUCAGGAUACAGCUAUGACCUUGUAGACGCUGAGUCCGAUCCCUGCAAGCUUCUGCCAGUACCAGAGGAUGAAAUCGAGAUAAUAGAACCAGAACUGGAGCUUGCCCCUGACGUAGAGCCAGCUAGUCGAGCAAAGCGCUCAUUCUACUUUCCAGAGGACGAUCAGAAGAAUGACGUCUACAACAUUUUUAAAGGAAUAGGGAUCAAAAUUGUGACGAACUCCGAUAUUAGAAAACCUUAUGACUGCCAUCCAGUGGUCUAUUACACCGGUAUGUUUUAUAGUUUGCUACUGAUAUCCAUUCUUAUUGACAGUAGGGCAAGAAAUAUAAUAUACUGUACACUAUUACAGCACUGAUUCUUGAGGUAAGUUACAAAAAAAGUUUUAAAUACAACCCUUAUUUUAAUGUGGUAUAUUUAUUAGACAAAGGAAUGCACCAGCAAAUCAGGUAAGGGAACACCUUUUUUAUUUAAACACUUGUUAGUAAACUUGACAUUUAUUCACUUCCUAACUUGAUUUUGUCAACUCCGUCAGAUACACCAAAAAGGAUGCCAUUUUAAUUAAAUUAAAGUGGACCUAUCAUGCUAUAUUUGAAUAAUAUAUUGUAGGGCCAUACCUAUAUAAAACA